UUUAUCACGCCACGCCUGUGACAUGUCUAUUUAAAGAGAUCUCUAGAGGGCAUAAAGCUGUAACCAACCUCUGUGACACUUUAUUUUGAUUCAACUAUACCUUGUUGCGAUCUAACCUGACGGUGUUGCCAAUUUGAAAAUGAUGAAAUUCGUUGCUGUUAUCUUCGUUCUGGCCUUGUUUGUUCAUGACAACGAGGCUUGGCGAAGGCGAAGAAGAAGGCGCACUUUUCCGUCGUGCCGUCCUCGUAAUUGCCAAGUCAGCGUAUGGUCGCAGUGGAGUUCAUGUCCGUGUGGAUCAAGUGGAACUCGAACUAGAACAAGAAGGAUCAUUUUGCCAGCAGCUUGUGGAGGAACAUGCUUUUUCCAUCUAUUAGAGAGUCAAUUUUGCAAGAGAGACUGUCAGAAUUCAGGAACACCCACAAGAAACGCUUGCCUCUGUCCACCUGGUUAUCUGGGAACGUGCUGCGAAAUUGCGGCACCUUUGACAACUAAGGGGGAAAUGCAGACAACAACUGCCACAAAUCGAACGCCGCCACCAAGACCAUCAGCCACCAUACGACGAUCAAGAUUAACGCCACCAGAAACAUCACCAUCAGUAGCAACAACAUCAGCAACAACAAGAACCAGACAAACAGCAAUAAGAACGGAACAACUAAACCCAACAGUCUCAACAGAACAACUGCCACAGUCAAACGCAACAUGGAGAAUAACCUCAACAACACCAAGAACGAGGUCAACAGCGGCAUCGUCAGCCAUACCACCAACACUACCUUCAGCUUCUGGAGGGAUACAUGUGACACUACCACCUUUUACAGGAUGUGGGGGGAUUCUAAACAGUACAAGCGGAACAUUUGCAACUCCUGGAUAUCCAUUUUCUUACUCAAAUAAUUUGAACUGCCUAUGGACUCUUCGUAUCCCCACCGACAGCGUUUUGAUUCUACAGUUUGAAAGGUUCAACACAGAGCAGUGCUGUGAUUUUGUUGAGCUAACAGUCAGCACCGGGCGGUUAGCAAGACUGAGUGGUUCUAGGAAUGGAUUCAGCAUUACAGUUAGAGGCGACAGAAGUCAAGUUCUUAAUAUCAGAUUUACAUCUGAUGGAUCUGUCGUAGGACCCGGUUUCUUGGCUCGCUACAACUUUAUAUUUGGUUUUCCAUCAGCGACAAUGCAGCCAACACCAUCUUCAGCCUCUGGAGUAGUUUAUGCGACAUCGUCUCUUUCUUCUCAAGUGCCUACACAACCACCUUUUACAGGAUGUGGAGGGCUACUAAACAGUAGAAGUGGAACAUUUGCAUCUCCUGGAUAUCCAUUCUCUUACUCAAAUAAUUUGAACUGCCUAUGGACUCUUCGUAUCCCCACCGACAGCGUUUUGAGUCUACAGUUUGAAAGGUUUAACACAGAGCAGUGCUGUGAUUUUGUUGAGCUGACAGUCAGCACCGGGCGGUUAGCAAGGCUGAGUGGUUCUAGGAAUGGAUUUAACAUCACAGUUAGAGGCGACAGAAGUCAAGUGCUUAAUAUCAGAUUUACAACUGAUGGAUCUGUCGUAAGAACUGGUUUCUUGGCUCGUUACACCAUAAUAUUUGUGCCACGCCCUACAUCUUUUACUCCUUUUAAUAACGUAACCUUGCCCAACACAGCGCAACCACCAUCAAAUACUCCAUUUGUGACCCUCCCAACGGAAGUUCGAAGGGUUCUUGCUGAUUUACUCAUUUCUCUCUCUCGAAUCAUAUUGAAGCUUCAAGGACUCAUCCGAGGACAAAUUACCAACGAAGCUUUUGAAAAUUUUCGAAAUGACACGCUGCAGAUUUUACAGCAAGCUGAGAUGCAGCUAGAGAGACCCAGCAACAGGCAUUUAGGAAAGAGGGCGAUACACGAGCUACCUGACCCAGAAGAACUGGCUCAAAUAAUGGACGAGAUUCAACGAAGACUGUUAGGCUAAGACCAUUUCAUUUGUUCCGAAUGCCGACGUCUGAACUACUUUUGUUUUAGGCUACGAGCCGUCUCUCCUGACUCGCACGAAGGACUUCGCCCAAAAGAAGGCUCUGCUUAGUCUACUUCCCUUUCAAUGCUGUAACGAAUUUCCAGCGCCAAGAUAUAUCUAAGCAAAGGAAUAUUGAUUGUCGUUGACCAUCGUAGUUCUAAGUUUUCAUUUAUGAUUAUCAUUGGCUAUGACCUAGCUGUAUUCUUGAGUAAAGAUCUCACAACAGUUACAGCGGCAUAAUAAACAAGCUCAUAACGCAUUGUAAGUAAAUAUACUAAAACUCAC